AUGGGAACUAUUUACGAGCUCUUACUCCCCCACCCUCAGUGAGUGAACAAAAAAAUUUUGUUCACUCAUGGAGGGGGGUUAAUUUUUUUUUUAAAAAAAUUUAUAUAUAAAUUUUAUAAAAAAUAUAUUUUUUUUCGAAAUUUAAAAAAAUCCUAACUCGCAAAAAUUGGAAACCAAAUACUAUUUUAAUUUUUUAAAACGCAAAUUUUUAAAAAUUAAACAGAAUUAGCUCUAGAUUUCAUUAUACUAAUUAUCAUUUAUAUGUCAAAAUUUUUUUACAUAAAAAAUUUUUCUAUUAAAAAAAUUUUUGUUCACUCACGGAGGGUGGGUUUUUGGGCAAAAAAUAGCGAUUUUUCUAAUGGUUUUGCUCACUCACGGAGGGGGGGGGGAAUUAGUAACUGGAAAUAGUCUUGCAGACGUCACUAAAAGACUGUUCGAGAAUGUUGACUCUGAUGGUUCAGGCUUUGUUGAUGAAAGUGAGCUAAGAGUUGUUUUAGAGCAUGUUUAUGCAGAAGCUGGGCUAGAUCCUCCAAAUAAUGAAGUUGUACAUGAAAAAUUCAGAGAUCUUGAUAUUGAUGGAAAUGGCGAAGUCUCCAUGGUAGAACUUGAAAAAUACGUCAAAGAGCUUCUUGGGUUCGAAUAA